AUGCUCUCCCCCCGAUGUGACCGAUAUUUUGGCUGUGGCAGUUUUGGCGACAUUUACCUAGGUGUUGGUCAAAAUGGCGAACAGGUGGCGGUCAAGUUUGAGAAGCAUAGCACAAGAUGCCCGCAACUGCGACACGAGUACAAGGUCUACCGCGAGCUACAGAACUGCACUGGGUUUGGGAGGGUGUACUACUACGGAACAUACAACAGCUAUAACGCGAUGGUGAUGGACCUGCUCGGCCCUUCUUUGGAAGACCUCUUCACCAAAUGCGGUCGUAGGUUUUCGCUCAGAACCGUGCUACAGGUUGCCGACCAGCUACUGGACAGGAUGGAUACGAUGCACUCUAGGCAUCUUAUUCACCGAGAUGUGAAACCGGCGAACUUCGUGCUCGGGCCUGGUCGCGGAUGCCAGACUAUAUUUUGCAUCGAUUUCGGGCUGAGCACGCGAUACCGACACCCACGCACUCUGCAACAUAUCCCUUACAGAGACGGAAGGUCUCUCACCGGCACCCCAAGAUAUGCGUCCAUCAACAACCACCUGGGUCUGGAGCAGAGCCGACGGGACGAUCUAGAGAGUAUCGGGGUCUUCCACAGCAGUUCGCAGAGUAUUUGGCUUAUUGCCGAUCCCUGAAGUUCGAAGCCAAGCCAAACGUGCCUUAUCUCCAGGGUUUACUGCGCGAGCUGUACAAGGUACAAGGACA